AUGCGCAAGACAUACACCAUCGCAUGUGUGAACGACAGGGAGGUGCUAUCAGCGUCCAUCGACCCGUCCACGUACCCCUCCUCGCUUGUCGCCCGCCCCAAGGCCCUCCUGCAACUUCUCAACCACUUCCAGUCCACGCUCUCUGAAAUUACCAUCAUUGCUGCCGACCCUGAGGACGUGACAGGCUCAGGAACAGGCACGGGCGGAGGCUCGUCAGCAGAUGGGCGGCUGGAGGCGUCACCGGAAGUAGCAAUGCACACGCAGCUGUGGGUAGACCCUGGCGAGCACUUUGAGGCGUACUGCCACAGGGGGGAUGCCGUGGACGUCACUUUCAGUGUGAAGGAGGUGAAGGCGUUUGUGCAGUUCUGUGAGUCAGCAGCAGCAGACGUGGUGAUGCUCUUCCAUCGAGCUGGAGCCCCACUCAUGCUCAUGCCAAGAUUUCCCAACCCCCACACAACUCCCACACGCAACCCCCGCCACGCACACGCAAAUGCAGCACUCGCAUCUGACUUCGACUCACGACUUGUCAUCGCCACCAUGCUUGAGUCCCAGCUCCCCACUCCUCCCCCCUCCGACCCUUCCGUUCACCGAGCCUCUGCCCAACCUGGCACACCUGCCACUCCCGCUCACCAAGCCGCAGCCACUCCCCAAGACUCUGCCGAAGCUGGCGCUCCUGUUCACAAGGGCUCGGCUUCCCGAGUGUCUGCCGAAGCUGGAACUCCUACAGUUGCAGUUUCAGGCUCUCAGCGCUCCUGUCAUGCAGGUUCGGGGGCAGUUCCCCACCAAGCCUAUCCAGUAGGCUCGGGUUGCAGGGAAGAUCCUGGAGGAGGAGGGCUGGGUGAAGGCGAGGAGGAGGGAGGGGAUGAAAUGAGGGUCGAGGAAGGUGCUGAGAAGGUUCCGUUGAAAGAUCCAGGCGCAGGAGCAAGACUGGAGGCAGGCUGGGCGCAUGGAAAACGAUGGUCAGACCUCUCAGGUACGGCCGGACCUCUCAGGGGCACUCCAUUCUGUCCCCACUCCUCCCUGUGUGAGCACAUGGCAGGGGUAAAAGGCACAGCACACAGAGCUGGUGCGGAUUCAGCAGGUCCGGUGGAGGAGAGGGGAGUGGCAUACCAGCAACAGCAGGCAGCCAAUCAGGUUCCAGACAGCGAGGACGCCACCGAGGAGGAGCUUCCGAUUGGUCGGCUGGCAGCGGCAUCACGAGGCGGUAGUGGUGGCGGUGGUGGUGGUGCUGCUGCUGCUGGUGGUGGUGGAAGCAACAUUGGGGGUAGUGUGGAUGGGAAUGGCAUGGUGACUGGCGGUGCUGCUGAUGUGUCUGCUAGGCGAUUCAUGCCCACUGAGGCAUCCACCCCUGGGAGGCAAGCAGCACCGCAUCAACGUGAGUCAUCUCUCGUACCCGUUUCCUUCCCUCAUUUCCUUCUAUUCCCCCAUGCCGCCCCCGCCGGUUUCUGCGCUUUAGGGCAAGGUGCAGAACCACCUCUGCUUCAGAGAGAUCCGGACCGUUGGAUCGAAAAUACGGAGGAUGACGAGAUGGAGGAUCGGGCAGGGGGGCGUGUUGGAGGGCGUUUGGGUGAGGAUAUGUGCGAAGGUAUUGGUGAUGAAGAUGAGUAUGUGGAUGCCACUCCACCUGAGAGGAGGAUGUAUGACGACGAGGAUGAAACCAUGGACUAA